AUGUUAACAACAACUGUUGUCGUUGUUGUUCUUUCUCAAACUCUCUCUCUCUCUCUCUCUCUCUCUCUCUCUCUCUCUCUCUCUCUCUCUCUCUCUCUCUCUCUCUCUCUCUCUCUCUCUCUCUCUCUCUCUCUCUCUCUCUCUCUCUCUCUCUCUCUCUCUCUCUCUCCCUCUUUUUCUCUCUCUCUUAGCAUUCAUCUCACCGUGUCAACGACCAUCGCCCCCUGUCUCUCUCUCUCUCUCUCUCCCUCUUUUUCUCUCUCUCUUAGGUUCAACUCUUCCUUGGUCACGUUCACCUGGUGCUCGACCGUUUCAAGUCGCCCUGCUUUGUUCAACAUGACGCAGUUGGCCUCAAGCCCCAUCGCCAUGACGGAAAUGUCCAAGCCUCCGCCUGAUAUUGCGCCCGCGCCGCCCGACAUUGGACCCGAAGAGCCUGGCCUUGAAGCGCCGGCCUCCCCAGCCGCCGAUGCCGCCCUGAUGCGCUCUCACGAAGCCCGUAGCAAACCGGGAAGCACCAACAAUCUGACUGCUGUUGCCACCCUUCAGGCCACCAAACCCACUCGCCGGUGUCCUCACUUUACCGGCAUCGACCUCCUGAUCAUGAUCUACGUGGUCGUCUACUUUGUCGCCGGCAUUGUCUCCUACAUUGAGCUUGAAGGCUGGACUUUCACCGAAAGCCUUUACGUCAUCAUGAUGAUCAGCACGACCACCGGCUAUGGUGACAUUGUGCCCAUCACAGAAGGUGGUAAACUUUUUACGGCUUUUUACGCUCUCAUGGGUGUGGGAUUGUUCACGCUGAUUAUCAGCGUACAAGCCAAUCGCGGCUCGCGCCUAGCGGCCACGCAAGAAAUGUCCUCCCGCUUCAAAGAGUCCGUCCGUGCCCUUCAAGUGCCCUCUCAACAGCGCCGUAGUUGGCGCGCCAAUCGCGCACGCCACUGGACCCGCCGCUUGUGGCAUCGCCUGCCACCAAACCUUCAAACCGUCAUCAUGGGCGGCAUUGGCAUUUUCAUUCUCCUCUUGGUCGGAGUCUUGUUUGCCACACAUGCUCUCAACUUUGGACCCAUCAACGCCGUCUACUGGAGCGUCGUCACCGGCAUGUCCGUGGGCUUUGGUGACGUUGUACCCUCCUAUCGCGAAGCCAACGUCACCUUCCCAAACGGCACCUCGGUCCUGGUGCAGGAGCAGUUUGUCGGUGGAAUGUGGUUUACCAUCAUCUACAUUGUCGUUUUCUUCUUUUUCAUGCUCCAGGUUCUCUCCUGGACCUCGAGCCUCAUCAGCCGCCAAAUCAUGCGCCACGAAAUGCUCGACUCCCUGUCCGUCAACUUGACCAAGGACAUUGUCGAUGCCCUGGACAUGGAUCGCGACGGCAAUGUGGACAAGGCUGAGUUUCUGGCCGCUUUCCUCGUCCUGAACGGCGUCGUCAAACCAAACAUCAUCCGCCGCAUUCUGGAUCGCUUUGACGAACUCGACAUCUCAGGUGAUGGCCUUCUCUCCAUCGACGAUGUCAAAACAGCCCUGCGUUCCACAGAGCGCAAGCUCAACAGCAUGAAUACCAAGGGUGUCAUGACUGAUAUCAGCGACCCAGAUGCAGACGACGAAACUGACGGUGGUGGUGAUGCCGAUGACGAACAAGCUUCCGGACAUCCAGCCCGCCUCACAAACGUCAGCACCUUGACCAACGUCUCCGAGUUUGAAGAGCCCUAG